AUGUCAGAAAGUGCAAGGGCCGUUCCACCGGACAGGAAAGAGAAGCUCAGCCCCACCCCAUCCACGAACUCAUCCCCCGACUCCAACGGCCAGGGCGAAGAGGCCUCAGCGGAACCCUUCCGAGUUGUCGUGUUUGACCAGGAGAACUUCCAGGGCCAGCGGAGGGAAUUCACCGGCGAGUGCUUGGACCUGGGGGAGCAGGGAUUUGACCGGGUGCGCAGCGUCAUCGUCUCCUCUGGACCAUGGGUAGCCUAUGAGCAGUCCAACUUCCGCGGCGAGAUGUUCGUUUUGGAGAAAGGCGAGUACCCGCGAUGGGACACCUGGUCCAGCAGCUGCCGUAGCGACUGCUUCCGGUCCAUGCGGCCGGUUCGAAUGGAGGCACAGGAGCAGAAAAUCCUCCUCUUCGAAAGCGCCAAAUUCAAGGGGAACAAGAUGGAAAUCCAGGAAGACGAUGUGCCGAGCCUCUGGGUACACGGCUUCUGCGGCCGCGUGGGGAGCGUGAAGGUGCCCAGUGGAAUCUGGGUGGGAUACCAGUACCCUGGCUACCGGGGCUACCAGUAUCUCUUUGAGAGAGGAGACUUCGGACACUGGAACGAGUGGUCGGCCUUCCAGCCGCAGAUCCAGUCCAUCCGACGUGUCCGGGACAUGCAGUGGGUGCCCAAGGGGUCCUUCUUUGCCCCAGAGAGCUCUCCCAACUGAGCGGGCCCUUUCUGCCGAGUGCUUGGGCUG